AUGCAAGGAAAAUCCGUAAGAGCUUCACAUAUCUUGUUGAAAUCCACUCAAUCAAGAAACCCCUAUGAUAGAUUUAGAGAUAAAUAAAUCACCAGAUCUGAUGCAGAUGCAGAGAAAGGAAUUAGAGAAAUAAGAGCCCAAGUAGAAAACAAUUUAAAUUUAUUUGCUAAAAUAGCUCAAGAGAGAAGUGAAUGUUCUUCUUGUUAAAAAGGCGGGGAUUUAGGAGACUUCACAAGGGGAUAAAUGUAAAAGUAGUUUGAGGAUGUGGCAUUUGCAUUAAAAGUUGGAGAGUUGAGUCAACCAGUCAAAAGCGAUUCAGGAUGGCACAUCAUUCUUAGAACCGGUUGA